CAACACAUCAGUUGCAUUUGGUUUCUCGUUGGAAGUGGUCGCCGUACGCCGAUUUCUUUUUGUACCCCGAGAGUCUUGCGAAACGUGGGCGCGUUAAUAAAUUCAAAACAAACAACAUCAAAAAACAAACACCAGAAAAUCUCAGGAGAGCAUGAGCUCCCCAAAUUGGACGGAUUAUUCGUAGAUGAAAGUUGAACUAUCGACAGAGGGGUUGGAGGAAAUUAACGUAAUCAUGCAUGUGACACACGCAGAAAGUAAUGCUUCCACGGAAGAAGGUCAACACAACAUUUUCAUACACCCGACUUUAAGUGCCUACUAUCAGAAUCUCACGCCAUUCAUAGCCCUUUCGAUGUUCGUCGGUUCUCUGCUGGUGCUACUCAACAUAGCUAUAUUCUCCCAUACGGUGUCGAAGAUUCGCAACAGCUGUGACCCCUGCACUCGCGUCCCGUCUAUAAUCAUGUGUUCGCUGUAUCCCAUAAUCUGUGGCGCAGCUUUCACCACCAUCAUGCUGCCAAAGGGUUGGCUAGUAUGCCACACCGUAAUGCAUAUCUGCUUUACCAUUGGUGCAGUGGUGUUUCGACAAUUGUGCUUCCGCUAUGUGGGUUCUGAACUGACCUAUGCGAAAGAGAACGACGGAGCAGCGGUCGCGAUAAGUACUCCCCCCUGCUGCUGUUGCUGCCUGUGUCUGCCAGCGCUGAUGCCAUCGAAGACUAAGCUCGCCCUGCUGCGAUACAUGGUGUGGCAGAUGCCCAUUGUUCAAGGCUGCAUCAUGUUGGUGCUAAACCUCAUCUACUACCGGGAAAAGGAUCUGUACCAUAGUGUCAACAUGUACUUCAUACCCUUCCUGGUCAGCUCCAUCCUUAUUGGUAUAUGGGCGCUGAACAUCGUUGUACGCAUGGUAAACUCCAUUCAUUCCGAAUAUGGAUUAAUGAAGAAGAUGUUUUGCCUCCAACUAAUCCUUCUGUUAUGCAAAUUGCAAUACAUGCUGCUGGACACUCAAUUGAAUCACAUCGAGCUGGGCGGCUAUUAUCCCAUCAACCACACAAUAUACAAGCAAACAAUAAUCAAUCUCUUAAUAUUGGUGGAAAUGGUGCUGGUGUCGCUCCUGGUGCAGAACGCCUACAAAUCACCGCCAGUCUAACUGCCCAAAUUGAAUGCCGAUUAAUGGACAGGCAACAAGGAAUUCCGAUUGUGAUAUACAUAUGAAUGUAUAUGUACUUAUUACUUAUGUAGCAGAGCAAGCACUCACACACACACACACAUUACAUGCACAUGUGAUCAUUACUGUAUAUUUAUCAAAUUAUCUAUUGCAUUAAGAGAAAAACAUCGAGCACAUUCAUUCGUACCCUUAAAAUUUAAAUUAAAUACAAAUCGUAAA